AUGGGCCCGCCAUUGCACUGCUUCAUCUUUUUGCACCUCCCCUUGUCAACCAACAAGCUAUCUCAAGAAAUCAUGAGAAUUUCAUCGAAGCGAUCUUCAUCCGAGGGACAUGGAAGACGCCGCCGAGCCCACACCAAGUCACGACGGGGCUGUCGGAACUGCAAGCUCCGCCGCGUCAAAUGUGACGAGGGCAGUCCGGAGUGCCAGAAAUGUCAAGCGUUUGGUGUAAAUUGCGAUUACAGUUCGCCAAAUACAUCAGAUCUGCAACCUACGUGGCAGGCUACACCCAGCCAAUUAAACAUUGAGGACGCCUGUAAUCAGCUUGACUGCAGAGUGAAGCCCGUCCCUAGCAUCAGAAACCCAAUAAUCAUGAUUGGAGAGGGCUAUGGCUCUUUUCAACUCGAUUCAGAUAGUCUAGCUCGAUUGGAUCGAUUCCAACACCGCACGGCUUUUACAUUCGCAACUGGCCGAGUUCGUGAGCUCUAUCAAAACGACGUAAUCAGAAUCGCUUUAGCAUUGAGGCUUAUCAUUGGUCCAAAGGAGCUGCGUUGCUUAAUCAGGAAGCUUACAAGGCCAAUACUGCCCCAGGAUCGUGAUGCUCUUUGGGCUGCUGCGGCCUUGUUAGGAAUCGCUAGUGUGACCUCUAUUGAGGCAUCAAAUCCACGGGAGGCGUGGCCACUUAAAUCAUACGAUCCUAACGAUCUUGACUGA